AUGCGAGGCGUCAAAAUCUUCUCCGGCCGUUCUCACCCUUCUCUCGCGGAAGCCAUCUGUGAAAGAUUAGGGACUUCACCUGCCAAAUGCGAUCUGGGCAAUUUCUCCAAUGGAGAAACCAGUGUUCAGAUCGGAACGUCCAUUCGAAACCAGGAUGUCUUCAUUGUGCAGAGCGGUAGCCGCAAAAUCAAUGACAGCGUGAUGGAACUGCUCAUAAUGAUUGCAGCUUGCAAAGGUGGAUCGGCCAAGUCCAUCACCGCUGUCAUGCCAUACUUCCCCUACUCGCGGCAAUCGAAGAAGAAAAGUCACCGAGGCGCCAUCACAGCCAGAAUGCUGGCAAACUUGAUGUCAGUGGCAGGUGUUGACCAUGUGAUCACUGUGGAUCUGCACGCAUCACAAAUGCAGGGAUUCUUCGGCAAGCCAGUCGAUAAUCUGUUCGCGGAACCACUGAUCGCACGAUGGAUCGUGAGCAACGUACCUGGCUGGAGAGGUGCCGUGGUAGUAAGCAAGAAUGCGGGCGGGACGAAGCGUGUUACUUCUCUUGCAGACGCCCUGAAGUUGAACUUCGCCAUCGUGUCAACAGACAAGGUUCGCAACCAACAGCAUACCGAUGGCAUGGGAAGCAGCAUGUUUUUUGAAUCUCUUGAACCGCAAUCAGUGCGACCCGUCCGUACACUGUCUGAUGAUGAAGCUGAAAAUGAACCUGAAAAUGCCACUUCUGACCCCGUGUCGAGGAGACAGUCGUGUGGUCGCAGUCGUCAUCCGGUCAAUGGAUUCUCGGGAACCUCACCUGCGCAAAAUGCCCAUGCAGCGGGUGCGCCGCUCAGAUUUGUGAGCAGCGUCCCUGCCUCUAGCCCGUUGGUGCGCAACACUCGUGCUGAUUCUGUUUCGCCGCCACAGCCGCCGAACCGGCCCAAUCAAGUGAACACAGAGCCAAGUGCCCGCCGUCCUUCCGAAUACGAAUCGGCGGAAGGAUACAACGAUGAGCGGGCAAGGGAGGUCAUCACCGGUCGGCUCAUUCAUGGACACAUUGUAGAUGACGACUAUCCUUCACCGGCCAUGUCGAGCAUGUCUGCAUCAAUAGCGACAUUACCAGGCGAGCGCCAUGUCCAGGAUGCUAUGGGAAAUCCCACCCACGAUCCCAUGAUGUCCUCCUUUGUCUCCACAGUUUCUUCGUUGCAGCCGGAUCAUGCGCUCGGCGGUAGUUUUGACCCCGCUGCAACUUCGGAUGAGGAGGAAGAAGGUAUCAGGAAUCCGGAGCUCGAGCAUACAAUCACCUUGGUUGGCCAUGUGAAGGACAAGACCGUAUUCCUGGUGGAUGACAUGAUCGACAAAUCCGGCUCAUGGAUUGCAGCUGCGGAAACUGUGGUUAAGAAGGGUGGUGCUAAGAGGGUCUACUGCAUCGCAACGCAUGGCCUUCUCGGGGAUGAAUCAUUGGAGGAGAUGGAAGAGUGUGACUGUAUUGAUUAUAUUGUCAUUACUAACUCUUUUCCCAUCGCGCCGCAUCGCCUAAGACAUUCGAAGAAAUUGGUUGUAAUCGAUCUCUCUAAUCUUUUAUCCGAAGCCAUCAGAAGAAAUCACCACGGAGAAAGCAUUUCUGCACUUUUCCAGCUCCACGACUAA